CAUUAUUGUCACGCAACGCCUGACGCUCGACCGUGAUUAAUAUUGCAAAUAUUCUCCCUUGCAGCUCUUUUACCAGAGUCAUCGUAAAGAAUGGCCCGUAAUGAAGAAAAAGCUCAGUCUAUGCUCUACCGAUUUCGAGAGGCCCAAGCUGCCGAGUUGGGCCUCGGUACUCGUGGAGACAGAAGACCAAGGAUGGCCAGCUCUUGUAAAAGCCUUAGAGAAUGUGAAAGAUGGAGAGGAGAAAUAUUGCGAGAGAUAAGUCGUAAGGUGUCUAAGAUCCAGGAUUCUGGACUUACGGAUUACGAAGUCCGAGAUCUCAAUGAUGAAAUUAACAGGCUGAUUCGGGAGAAACGACAUUGGGAGAACCAGAUUGUUGCCCUUGGAGGAGCGAAUUAUCGGAGGAAUGUUGCUAUGUUGGAUGAUGACGGGAAAGAGGUUCCUGGUACGAAAGGAUACAAGUACUUCGGAAGAGCGAAGGAUCUCCCUGGUGUUCGUGAACUGUUUCAAAGUCGCAAGCAGGAUGAGGCCGAGGAAAGCCAGACGGUUGCGUAUUACAAAAAAUUCAUGAAUCAGGGACCUGCCUAUUACGGUGACCUAGACGAGGUGGAUGGGAGCCUACUCAGGUAUGAGCAAGAGGCGGAGGACGAAGAAUGGGAAGAAGCAUUCACUUCUAUCCGAGAGGCACUCGGCCUACCCGAUAAUACACCAUCACCCUCAAUCCCGCGGCCAGAAGCCAACAAACCAACCAAUGGCGUAUCUAAAACCACAAACAAUGGCCAGCAACCGAAAAGAAAAGCACCAGAUCCAGACGGUGAUGGUGGUGGUGGUGGUGCCGAAACGUCACCCCCGGAAAGAUCUAGCGAAGACACCAAACGUGCAAAGACGACAGGAAUGUCUGCUGCGUCUGUCGUGUCGGCGGUGUCGGAUCCUGCUGUUGCUCAUGCGCAAGCUGCUGCUGCGUAUAUACCGUUCUUAGAAGCUGAGAUUUUGAUGCCGCCGAAGCUUCCUACACGGCAGGAGAUGGAGGAUAUAUUGUUGGAUUUGCGUAAGAAGGCGUUGGUGGAGGAGUAUUUUGGAGGUGACGAGAAUAUGAAGAGUUGAGAUUUUGUGAGGUCGCGUGUGUGGGGGUUUUUUUUUUCUUUCUUUUUUUUCUUCCUUUCUUUAUUGGUAUCGAUCUACUGUGCUAUUAGUUCAAUUGCUGGCCUUGCAAUAUAUCGAAGGUUAUAACAUUGCUCAAAGCCC